AUGUCAUCCUUCCCUUCACUAUCCCAUGAAAGCCGCUCCUUCCCCCUCCCAUCCAUCUCUGAGGAUACCCUGCACUAUGUACUCCACUUGCCUUCAUCAUCCUCCGAAUCCCCCACCGCACUCGCUCUUCUCAUCACCCAACACGUCACCUCUCUUCUCACCACUCCUUGGUUGUGGAACAAAGAUGCCUGGGAGCUCAAGGUAUCUGACUCCACUCCAAGCAAGAUAGAAGGGACUAUGCGAGUAGGUGAUGCGAUAGAUGACGAAUGGCUUGUCGUCUGGCUCUUGAGAGAGAUUAGUAAGAAGUGGUCUGAUUUAGUCAUCAGUGUGAGAGAUACUGAUGGAGAAUUCUUAUUGAUUGAGGCUGCUCAUGCGCUACCUGGAUGGGUCACGCCGGAGAAUGCCCACAACAGAUUAUGGCUUUACAAUGGACAUUUACACCUUCUACCUCUCAAUGUACGCUCUUCCGGAACGUCUCGUCCCAAACAGGUCUUGGAUGAAGAUGCCGAUGGACCUCGAUUUGAUACAGACGCAUGGAUAAACGAGGAAGAUGCUAUACAAGCAGUGAGAACUGGAAGGUAUUUUGCUGGGGAUGGAGUAGAAGAAGCUGUCUGGGAACGUAUCAAAGGAUAUCCACAAGCACUAGACACACAUCUUCACAGAACGAAAGCUUGGCUCCCUGUUCCCGUGGCUAGGGCUCUUCAUUCUUCCCCGGAUCUGAUACAAAAAGCUGUGGAAGGGUUCUACGUCCGAGAUCCUGCCCAAUUACGCGCUGCAGCUCGGAUGAAUCAUUUCCCACCUUCCCCAUCCGUGCUCACUUCGGUACUCUUGACUCGUGCAGCUUAUGCCCAGCUGCAAGGACAGAAAUUCCACCCUCCUCGGGUCUUUGGACCAGAAUGGACACCCCGAGAAGGUGCUGAUGCGGGCGAGAUGAAGUGGAGGGAUUUGGGAGUGAAGAUAGCGACGGGGUUCGAAAUCAUGUACCGUGAAGGUGGAAGACGGGGGAAGAGUGGUACGAUCGACGACGAUGCUCUGUCCAAGGAUCCAGCUUACGAGAAAUACCUACAAGAUUUGACAAGAGCUGGGUUCUUCGGUACCGAACUGAGAGGUAGUGAGCAAUGGCAAGCUAGGGAACGAAAGGCCAAGGAUGGAUGGAAAGCCGCUCGAGCUGCAGAUGUCUCGGCUCAACGGCCGUCUUUUGCCUACCUGGUGGAUCAAGCCAUCGAAGCCGUCGCUGUGAUACCCUUGACAGACAUCGAGGUCUCACCUGCCACACCGGAGGACUCUGAUUCAUGGUUAGAAGUUUCACCCGAUGAACUGGACGCCAUGAUGCUCCGAGCUUCAGGUCAAGCGCAACGAUCAACGGAUGAUACGCAAGAGGCAAAAAAGCUUGAGUUAGGUGAAGAACAUGGUCGGGCUCUACGAGAGUUGGCACAUAAAGUAGAGAGCUUCGUCGGGGGACAGGGAGACAUAGAAGGGGCACGAUUUGCAGAUGAACUGUCCGAUGAUGAAAUGGAGUCUGAGGAGUCUGAAGAAGAAAUAACCGCUGAAGAACGGGAGAGACGACUCAACGAGUUGGUUCCUGACCUACCUGCGGAUGAAUGGGGUUCAAAAACUCAAACGACUACCAAGAUCGAUGUUACAAUGAACGAUUCAGAUGUCAAAAAGGAGUUGAAAAAGGCCACCCCACUCAAGAUGCGUCCACCGAUAUUCCCAAAAGAUAAAUUCGACGGAGUCGAUUCGUCCGAUUCUGAUUCCGAUUCUGAAGACCUUCCAGUGAAAGGUUCCGCAGGAUGGAUCAUCGCUCAGAAGAAAUGGGCCGAAUCAGCCCCGAAGAUAGAGACUCUAGAUGAAGACGAAGAAGACAGGGGUAAUCUGGUAUUAGGGGACGAUAUAGAUGAUGAGAUGAUAAGGAAUUUAGAGAGGGAUCAAGGUUUACAGGGAGAUGAAGCAGAUGUUGAUAUGGAAGCUGAGCAAGAUGAGUUUUUAGCUUUUGCAAGAGAGGCCUUGGGAAUCACGGAUGAUGCCUGGGAGAAUAUAUUGAGUGAACGGCGAGAAAGAGGAGCUUUCGUGCCUGUUCCAAAGGUGAACAAGAUCAUCAAUGAGAAGAGGGAGAACAAUGUUGCCGUCGAGAAGGGGAAAGGGAAAGAGAACAGAGAGAUGGAUAUGACACUUGAUUCUUUCGAUAAGGUCAUGAACGCUAUGGAAGAGGAGUUGGCUCGUGCCACGGGGAAUGGUGUCAAGGGUAAAGCCACGGGCGACAAGGGGAAGGAGAAAAAAGAUAAAGAUAAAGAUAAAUCGGUUCAAUUCCAAAUGCCCUUACCUACUGAAGAUGAUAUAGAUAACAUGUCAGAAGGUGAAUUAGAAGCUAUGGAUCGUGAACUUCGUGCUGCUCUCAGACGAGCGGGGGAGGAUAGUGAAGAAGAUGAUUUAGAGGAUAUACCUGAAUUAGGACAAUUGGACGAAGAUGAUAAAAGGGAAUUCAAGAUGAUGAGGGAUUUCUUGGAGAGUUAUACUAGUCAAGCGGGUGGUAGUGGGGUUGUUGGGAAUUUAUUUGGAAGGUUAGGUCAUUGA